GGCAUCGGCAAUCCAUGAUAUCCAAGUAUGCAACCACACAGCUUGUGAGGAAAAUAUUACUCCACUUGUUACGAUAUGUUGGGAGAUGUAUGAGUGUUUACAGUCUAGAAUUUUGCAAAAUUACGAUCCUACAUGAGUUCACAAAGACUAGUGUGUGAGUGUCACAAACUAUAGCUUGACCACCAACAAAAUAUAAAGACACCUUUGUCAUUUCAAAAAUGAAGUGCAGUAUUUGAAAUAUCUGCCACGAUCACGCUUUCUCAAAAUUAACUUUUAACAUGGUGUCGCCUCAAAAGAAAAAGCGAUGAAACGUCCUCAAGUUUUGAAAUGCAAACAGGACAAAACGACUCCUUGUACGAAAUAUUGCAAUUGUCCAAAACCGCGACAGACGAAGAAAUAAAAAAGCAGUAUAGAAUUUUGGCGUUGAGGUACCAUCCAGACAAAAACCCGAACGAUCCCAAUGCGACAGAAACGUUCAAAGAAAUCAAUAGAGCUCAUGCGAUUUUAGGAGAACCCAGCAAGAGAAGGAUAUACGAUAAAUAUGGGAAUUUGGGACUUGCUGUAGCAGAACGGUGUGGAGAAGAGAAUGUUGAUAAGUACUUUGUGCAAACUCCUGUGUGGUUGAAGGUGCUGUGCAUCUUUUUCUGUAUUUUAACCGGUUGUUGUUUUGGAUGCUGCUGUUGUUGUUGUUGCAACUGCUGCUGUGGCAAAUGCAGAUGCGGACUACAAGACCCUGACGGAACGGAAGCUAAUUUUGGAGCUGGACCACAACCAAGGUGAAAACAAAGAGAAGAAUCUCACAUUUUAAACGAGAAAGAAUGUUGUUUUUACAUGAAAGAACCUCGCUGUCAAAGAAAUUGUGAAUAUAAUAUGAUGUAAUAAGUUUUGAGGAAAUCUGGAUCCUGGAAUCCCAUCACAAAUAGAAUCCAACUAAAAAAAAUUACCUAUUAGCGAACAUUUAGCUGUGCAUGAAAGAUUUAAAAUAUAUAUUACUAUC